CUACUGCUUCCCAUAGAAGAUUGGCUGCAUCGUGUGAGGACUUCUCUCUACAGAUCUGGCUUGACCUUCGCCCGUGCCGUCAUUCGCAUCAAGCCAACGAUCAAAGGGCCUACGUACGGCGUCCGGCAAGGGCCACGGAGAAUGGGACUUCCGUUGCCUGUCGAUAUCCGGACUCGAAGGACGAGCGAGAGGUCGAGAGCUUUGUCGUGAGCCAUGAGUUUAAAACCAAGCAACCACAGUGGUACAGAAGAGCUGGGUAUUUUGCCACUGUCGCCCAAGCGACCGAUGGAAGAGGAAGUUGUUGAUCUGGACUCAGCCCUCAACCCCGCCAAAAAUUACCCAAGGAAGCGGGUCGCUGUCGCUUGCGAAGUUUGUAGGCUGCGCAAAACAAAAUGCGAUGCAAAAAGACCCUGCAGUUUUUGCACAGAGGCUGGGAUCGAAUGUGUAUAUCGACAAUCCGGAGGUGUAGAUACAAAAGGGACCAGCGCUACUGACGUGCUCGUGCGGAUUGAAGAGCGGCUUGCGCGUGUAGAAGAAACGCUCCAAAGGACCGCAUUGGGAUCACCGAGUGCUGUAAGCGAUGCAAGAAACUCGGUCAAUCAUGCUCAUACCCCAGGCUCCAGCUCCCUACGACGAGCAUCAAACAGCACUACUGGAGAACCCAUAUCGCUUGCCGCAAGACUGCAAAGCCGCGACGAUCUGAAGCAGUACUUUCAGCGCAUAGUUUCUGUUCCCCACUAUGAAUUCUCGUUCCGCCAGACUGCAGGAGAGGCUAUUGCCGCAAGACCGUCAAUGUUGUCCUUUCGUGCUACUUGGUACAUAAACUUUGAGUCCUGGGACGAUACAAAGGAUUUCUAUGACGACGAGCUGGUAGCUGAAGAGUAUUUGUUUCAACUCAUGGAAGCCGGCUUUGGCCAAAGCCUAGACGUUUCCUCACGAACAGUUUGGCAGCUCCAACAACAUUUCGUCAACGGCUUCCUGCAGUGGCUGCCUGUGAUCACGAUAUCAGAAUUUACCAAUCACGUUGAAAUAGCGCGAAACGGAAACUUCGCACGGCAAAGUCCUUCGGACUGCAUCGUCAUGUUUGCCCUCGCAAUCGGCAGUUUAGACAAAACUCGCCAUUCUUCUGCCAGUCGCUCUCUUGAACGACCGCAUCCGGGUCUAGAGUACUUUUCAAUUGCUCGAGACAUACUCAUGGCAUUGUCGAAACGGAGCAGAAAACGAGACAUCACGAUACUUCAGUGCCGGAUUCUUCAAGUAUGCUACUGGAACAUGAUAUUACGACCACUCUUAGCAUGGGAUGGCAUAACCGAAGUUGCGCGAGACUGUAUGCACAUCUUGAGCUCUGGCACUUUGGAACGACUGUCACACAAGGACAAACUUAACUUCCACAGAAUAUUUUGGACGUGUUCGGUUGUCUUGCAUGAACUGGAGGCGGUCCUCAAGAUGCACCCGAUAGGCUUACGUCAAUUUCAUGAGAGCGUCCCCCUGCCGCUUGCCGAGUCGGAUGAUGAUGGACAUAUGUACUUCCUCGCACAGGCUAGUUUACGCAAACUGCUCACGGAGACACUUGACGUUGUCGGCUACCGCGUGGGGCAGAUCAUUUACGCACCGGUUGUUGCCGCAGAGCUCUGUAGUCAGGUGGAGGAAUGGUAUGAUCAUUUACCACCAGGGAUUCAUUUCCCUCUUACCACGUCUCCUCUUUACGACCUUCGAAGAGCUUUUCUACGCUUUCAGUAUUUGACGCUUCACUCUGUCAUCUUCUGGCCUUCGAUCCUGCAGCUUCUGGAGUACAACGCGUCAAAUGCAAACGGAGAGGUCAACUCACCCGAGCGAUUACAGCAGCUCCAAAAGGACGCCAGUCAUUUUGUAGAGUAUUCUCAGAAAGUUUGUGACGCAAGCGAAGAACUUUUGAUGGUGGGCCACUAUGGUUUACAAUUUACGAUAUGGGCUUCUUACGCAAAUGCUUGUAUGCUUAUGAUCAUAUACCGGACAUCAGCAUCGAGCUUCCUGCCAGAGUCAUUGGACGACCGUUGCUUUCGGAAGGUCCACAGACUGUUGACGCACUGGAAAGACAUUAAGGUUGUUUGGCGGGUGCUUAAGAGAUCGCGCCCAAUAUUCACACGGCUCGGUCUAAAAGUCGAUGAUCAGAUCCCCUGAUGAGCGGGAACAAAAAAGCAUUCCACUUACUCCGAGAGAACGAAUAAGGUCCGUGGUUGAAAAAUACUAUAGUCUUUGCAGCCACAAUAAUGCUGAUCGAAACUUGUAUCAGAAGAUCUUACUUCGAAGGGACGGUGCACGUCAAGAAUUAUGAGAAAAGGAAAGCCAACAAAAUUCUCGGCCAUUUCCACUGCGCCUCCAAUGGUGGCAGCGCUCUGCUCAGCAAAGGGACGCUAUUUUCCUGAGCACUUCAUCUAAAAACACGGCCUCAUUGAGUUCGAAAGUUCAUAAAUAUGAGAAAAAAAGUCCAUACGUGCUCUGAUUUCUCUAAUUCAAGUCUCACGCAAAGCUUUCUUAGUCGCAUGUCAACCAUGAAUUGCACUGCUGUUUACGAGGCCCAACAAGAACAUAGGAGGAAUAGGCAUAAAUCCCAUCAUUAGUCAUUUACGCU